UUUUUAAACUCUGCAUCUUAGUCAACCAAUUCAUCCGCAAGAACCACAUUUUCCCAAUUUGGUGUUCAAAUGAACAUUUAAGGGAAAUGCGAUGUCUCGACUCGUUAAGAAAUCCCCAGCGCUUUGCACGGAUCAACCAUUGGAAAACAGUGACAUUUUGAACAAGCUUCAUCUUUUGGGUCAGCUUCUCAAAUCUUGUUAUGGUCCCUUGGGUAGACUGAAACACAUUCAUAACAACAUCGGAGGGCAAAUUGUGACCACCUCAACAUCAUCAGUGCUACUUCCAGCCAUUUAUUCAUCAACACCGUUACUAAAUCUAAUCUUAGCCUCUGUUCGCAGCCACAUAUCUCGUUUUAGUGACUGCGGGUUGUUUGCAGCUAUACUUUGUGUGACUCUUAUUGAAAAAGUCAAACUGUCUGGUCUAGGACAAAAUGAAGCUGUCAGGAUAAAUAAACACCUUUUGGGUCUGUGUACCGAUUACCUUCACCAAGAAGCGUGUGGUUGUAAAGUGAAGCUCGACUUUUGCAAUAGCCAAAACUUAAUCAAGUUGGCUGACAGUAUUCUCUGCAGCAAACCAGCCAGUAUGCUAACAGAGUAUGAAGCAUUUCACAUCAGCAAGUUGGCAGUGCAAGCCUUUUUACUAACUGUACCGUCUAACAGCUCUGGUACAGUAACUCUGGGCAAGACAGUAAUUGUGUCCAUUGAGGGUGUUUCUGUAAUGGAAUCUGCAGUGUUUCCAGGAUUAUUAAUUGACAUUCCAGAUGGUUUUGAGAGCUUGGAGUUGAUGACUCAACCAUGCGAACCACUCCGUGUGGUAUUGUUCAGCACAUCCCUUGCGGGUGACCUUUCUGAAAUAGGAGAUGGACCGAUUGAGGUCCAAUACGGCGUUGACAUGGAAUCUCAGAUCCUGGAUCACCUCCUCGAUAUGGCCAAACAGGCAUUGAAAGAUGAUGUGAAGCUAUGUGUUUGUCAGAAGGUUAUCCAUCCAGUUCUGCAGCAAUACCUAAGGAGUCACGGCAUCAUAGUCGUGGAGAGGGUGGGAAUCAAUCUCAUGGAGCCGCUUACUCAACUCACAGGGGCUCAACCUGUCGCAACAUUACACACGACAAUCCCACACAAGGCCUACGGAAAAGUGAGGAAUGUAACCUCAAGACAUUUUGGAUCCAAGACUAUGCUGCAUUUAUAUCCUGCUGAGGAGUCUGUGAUUUGUACCACAGUCCUCUGUCACAGGAAUGAGACCGUGUUAAAUGAAUUGAAGGUGGCAUUUCAGAAGACGGAACACGUGCUACGACUUACCCUGAGGGAACCGUUUGCUUUACUUGGAGGCGGGUGCACUGAGACCCACUUAGCUGCUUACAUCAGACAUCAAUGUGCCGCCACAUCAAGCGCAUCAGUGUUAGGUUGCCUGCAAACGGAGUACCUUCUCGGCGUGGAGGCUUUCUGCAGCUCUCUUGAGUCGGUGGCUGCAGCACUACAGCAUGACACUCGGGAUUCUCUCAUUGAUCUGACUUUUGCUCACCACUGGACUCUUCCAAAAGAUGUGACACAAGAGGACAUUGAGAGUUUAGACAGCAAGUGUGGCUGUGGGCUGAUGAAGAGUAACCAGACUAAGAAGUGGUGUCACUUGAAUACUAAAUAUGCAGUCUUCUCACCUGCAUGCUUGUCUCAAGAUGGAGCUGUUCAUGUAGAUGUGAUUGACUCCUUCACAGCAAAACUAAAUGCUUUACAAGUCGCUAUAGAAACUGCAAAUAUUGUCCUCGAUAUACGAUAUACAAUACAAGAUAUGAACUGACGAAAAAUAUUAAGAGUGGUUAGGGUUAGGGUUGUAAACAAAGGGUUGUAAACAAAGGGUUUUUCACGCUCUUUGAAGACAUUGGCCUUGUGAAAAAAACGCUGUCAGCAACAUCAUCUUAAUUGUACUAUUAAUGUAAUGCAUAACAUUAUGGUCAAUGUUGUUUUAAAUAGGUUUGGAGUUUACUUUUUCAAACAAAGGGGAGUUUAUUAGGUGCAAUUGCCUAAUCUACAGUAAAACCUCCCGGGUACUUGAACUUCCUGUUGAAGGAGAGGAAUCACACACAAAAAUAAAAAACUUUGAAUAUAUAGAAGCUUAGAAAUCAAUUGCUGAGGAGCAGCACAGUCAGUGACUUACAGUAUCCUGGUAGGACUUUUUUUUCCUUAAGUAAUUUGAGGUUCCAUUGUCUACUUUAAAGCGUAAGCAGAAUGUUCUUUGUAUCCUGUCUUUAUGUUCUAUCAUCUUUGAUAUCUGCAUUUCAUCAGUUUACAUAUUUUGAGCAGUACUGUCACUUAUUUCAUUUGGAUUUAUAAGUGUAUAUAAGGAAAUACAAGACAACAUACUUGCUUUUCAGUA